CACAUGGAAAAAACCCACUUCUUAAUUCUAAUUGGUGGCCGGUUGUAAAUCCUCCACUCCCAUUUAAAGCAGCAGUCAGCAGUUUGUACUCCUGCUGCUUCACAUGUGCCUCACACUCCAGCAUCCAUUCACCUGCUCAGUGGAUUUCAGACCACAGCUGCACAGCGAAGAACCAACAGCACCAUCUGAACCCAUGGAACUGUUGUCUGCUUCUGGUCGUCGUCAUCAGUAGUUUCAGUCGAUUAGUCGAUCCCUGUCAAUCGUUAUGGCGUCCACUCUGGCUCCUGUGACAGAAGGAGGAGACAGGCCGGCGUUUUCCAUCGAGCGGAUUCUGGGUUUGGAGCUGGAGAGUCCCGGAAACUGUCUGAAACUCCACCGACCAUGGACAGAGAUCGGAGCAGAGAAGGAGAACGCAGGAAACAGCGUGUGCUUUAAUCAUCAUCAUCAUCAUCAUCAUCAUCAUCAUCCUCAGCAGCUGAAGUCUUCCAGGCCGACAUCAAACUGGUACAUCGGACGCAGACCACGCACCGCCUUCACCAACAGACAGGUGAGCGUACUGGAGACAGUGUUUCAGGUGAACUGUUAUCCAGGUAUCCAGCUGAGGGAGCAGCUGGCAGGGAGACUGGACCUGGACGAGGACAGAAUACAGAUCUGGUUUCAGAACCGGCGUGCCAAGCUGAGGCGUUCCCUCAGAGAAACCCGUCUGCAGCUGGUCCAGUCAGCCGUCGCUGACCUCGGGGUCAGACAUGCACGAGGUGAGCAGGAGCUCGCCCAGCGACUCGCCUCCCGACUCCAGCUCGAGGUGGACGAAGUUGAGGAGUGAUGACGAAGAUGAUGAACUGUACAUUUAAUGUUCUCUUUCUAUCAGCUGGUUUCUUUCUGCUCCCUUCUAAACGUCAUGAGAAGCUCAGCUGUGGAGAAUUCACAGCCACAGGUUCAACUUAAUAUUAAUUUUCUG